AAUUAGAAAAUAAAUAUUCUAAUUGUAUUCCAAUUUCAAAACUUAUUAGCUAUUAUGGUGACUUUGGACAUGAGACUGACAGCACACCUACUAAGCAUCAUCAACUAACCUUUUCCAUUCCAGUUCUCUCUUCUUUCUUCACUUUCCAUUGCACCUGCUACUCCCCAACACAAUUUUCAUCUGCUUUAGAGGUAUUACAUUUUCUUAUGAUAAUGUUUAUGUAUUAUCCAAAUCUUUUACAAAUUUUUUAUUUUAUUCAAACUUAUUUGAGUACUAUUUAUUAAUCAAACGUAUUAUAAUUGAUCAAAGUCUGAACUUUCAUUUUGUUACCAUUAAUUAUUCACUAACGGAGCUCCAACUCAGCAUCUUUAUCAUCAUCCACCUCAGAAAUUCAUCAAAUAUUAGUUUUAAUUUCAAAAUUUUAAUAUAGUUUUUGGCUCUCCGCCUUUUCACCUUCCUCAAUUGCCUCCUCUGUCAAAGGGAAAACAGUGUUUUGAACCCAGAUUUUUGUUCUCCCCUCUACUGCUGCUUCUUCGUCCUUCUCCCCUUGUCCAAUGGUGCGUUUGAUUUUUCAUAAGCUUCAGAUGAACGUCAUCGUAGGGAUUUCCUCUUCCCAUCUCCAGACCCAACAACUUCCGCCUCUGCUCCGACCUCUGCCGCCGAGCCCAAACGUGAAGGAGAACACAAAGGGGCAUUCCAGCCUUGCCGCUGAGCCAAGGAGGAAGAAGAACAACGGGGAGCUUCCCAGAUCUUUCAUCGAUUCGCUCGUUAGUCAUCAUCACCCCGCCGUCGAACCCAAAAUCGCUCUUUGUCUGUCGAUCUCGCCAAAGGAGGGAGAAGGCGGGGGUGGAGGUGGAGAAAUACAAUGAUAUACUGAAAUACAAUGAUACACUGAAAGGUCAAUAAGCAAUGAUUGAGAGUUAUUCCUAAUUUUGAGAAUAAUAAGCUAACAUAUCUUGUAUAAGAUAAUAAAUUUGAGUAUUGUGGUUGAAAAUCGAGGCAUAAUGUUUUUCAUCAAGAGUUUAUAAACCUUCACAUUAUGAAUGAGUAAACAUAAGAUAAUUGA